AUGCCUUCAGAUCCUGCACGUGUGAUCAUCGUCAGUUCCACUGCCGGCACCAAUGUCCCUCAUGUAGGAGAGCACGGCACCAUUAUGUAUUCAGCCUCCAAGGCAGCGGCUGAUCAUAUGGCUCGAAAUCUUGCAGUGGAGCUGGGGCCGCGAAAUAUUACUACCAAUACUGUCAAGCCUGGGUUUUUCCCAUCCAAGCUAGCAAGCGGUCUCAUUGACAUAUUGGGUGGCGAAGAGGAGCUGUCAAGGACGAACCCUCGAGGAAGGUUAGGGGUGCCAGAAGACAUUGCUGGAGUGAUGCUCUUCCUCGCCUCUCCUGCAGCGAACUACGUCAACGGCGAAGAUAUAUCAUUGGAUGGAGGCGCUAGAUUAUCCUCAGGCCGACUCACCAAGCUGUAA